GCUUGAAUCCCUUCCAUUUCAUUUCCUCAAAUAAGCCCAAAGCUGUAGGAAGCAUUCCAGCACUGCAUAGCCCAUUGAUGAGACUUGUAUAAGUAAAAAUGUUUGGAUCUAUACCCCUUGGAGACAUCAUUGCAUAGAUCAUAAGAGCUUUCUCCAAGUCCAGUGUUUUGACUAAACCAUUGAUUAGGAUGAUAUAUAGAACUACAUCAGGAAUAAGAGCUCGCUUUAUCAUAGCUCCAAAAAUCUCUCAUGCACCAUAAGAACUUCCAAUUUUGUAUAGUGCGUCAAUGAUUGUAGUGUAAGUAAAUAUAUUAGGAUUGAUACCCUACUCCAUUUCAUUUAAGAACCGAAAAGCUUCUAUAAUAAGCCCUUCCUUGCAGAACCCAUCAAUAAUAAUGGUGCGAGUAACAACAUUGGGCACCACACAAUCAUUAAGCAUGAUUUCAAACUGAUCUGUAGCUUCCUGUAAUUUUUGGUUUUGGCUAUAGUUGUAAAUUAGACUGGUACGGCAGAAAUGUCUGGAGUGAACUUGUCUUGGAUCAUUUCAUGCCAUAUCUUACGUGCACUAUCCAGAUCAUUUGCUGACAACAUCUGUCAAUGAGAAUGCUAUAGGCCAUAAGAUCUCUCCCAUAGCCCACAUCUCUGAACUCACGAAACAACUUUAUUGCAAGUUCCAUUUCUCAUGCUGAACAGAAUCCACACAAUAGAGAGGUAUACGUGAUCACAUUAGGCAUUAAUUCUCUUCUAUGCAUUUCCUCAAAGAGAUUCCAAGUUUCAGAAACAUUGCCCUCCUUACAAAACCCAUCGAUGAAGAUGCUAUAGCUAUGAACAUCAGGUGAUAAGCCACACUUCUUCAUCUCAUCCAAUCCUGUAAAUGCUUUGUUCAACUCCCCUUUACGGUAGAAAUCAAGAAUGACAGCAUUAUAAUAGUAGUUAUCAUACUCAAGUUCUUUAUGCUGUAAGUCCUUAAGAAAUUCCCAAGCACUCUCAGCCUUCCCUAUCUUACAAAGCCCUCAAAGGUACAUGCUAUAUGUUACUGCAUUAGGCCUGACACCAUGAUUUUCCAUCUCUACAAGAAUCUUGUUAGCUUCUUCUACAUCCAGUGUAUUGCCUUUAAUGUACAAGUUCAUCAUAGUAGUGUAAAUGUUUGGUGAUGGCCUCAGCACCUUCAUAUACUCAAACAAACUCCUGACAACCCUAACAUUAUUUUUCUCGACGAAACACUCGAGCAAAGAAUUGCACAGAGGGACGCCCAUUUCUAGCCCAAUUCCCAUAGCCUCCAAAUUAAAUUCUAGCGCAUUCUCAAUCAUUGAAUUGUCCACGAGAGCUUUUAUCAGAUCUCCAUAGGCUUUCAACGGCGUAAUCAAACCACUAGAAAAUCUCACAACUUCAGAAAACAAUCCAUUGUCAAAAACCAUCACAUCAAGAAGCAAAUGCCUAACUUCUCCACGCAUUUUCACCAGCGAGAAAAUCCUAACCAGCAUGGAGAAUGACUCUAAUGCAUGAGAAAGGCCAUAUAUUUCCAUCGCAUUUGUAAAUUUCACCUCACGGAAAAUAUCCCGAUUCAAAGUUUUCACAGAGACAGCAACGUAGGGGAAAAUGGUCGGGCUUCUCAUAGUGCAAGAGCUGAACUGGUUAACCUGUGAAGUUUUGCUAGUUUUUUCUAUGGAAUCGACCAACGGGUCAUCUAGAAUUGUCGAAAGAGCAGCAAAGGAGUACUUGUGAACUCUUCGAAGGAGGUUCCGGCGUGAAAAUUCCAAUUGAGGCCGAAUUAUGGAGACACUUCAUCGAGGAAAAAAAAUCUGUUCCAUAAUAAACCUUUACUAAGAAGAAUACCCAUUUCUGAAAAAGGAUGAAAUACGAUUUUUAAAAGAAAAUUGAGAUAAAUGACCAAAUUUGAAUGGGUCUAGUUGACGUAAGCCUCUCAUGGGAAUUUCGUCGAGUAAUUGGCGUGCGCAGCUCGUGAGGCGGAAGCUGAGAAGGAGAACAUAGGGAUGAGAUGACCAAAUAGAUGGAGUCUUUUGUUUCACCAAGAUGCAAAUUGUAGGAUGACAAAAGGAUUUCGUAAGAAAGCGCUUGAGAGAAUAUUUGGUAGACAUUCUGGAGGCGACGCACAUGCCUCUACAUCAGGAGGAGGAGAUGCUACACAUGACUCGCAGCCACAGGACACAUCACGCGGAGAUGCUCCACAUGACGUGGAGACACAGGCUAAUCCUACACAGCAUGCGGAGAUACCACCGCCACCGCAUGCAGAUGUAUUGGAGGAGAGGAGAUUUGAGCCGUAUAGCGUAGCUUUAGAAGCUGCGGCACUACCGCCAGAUUCUAUUACGGAUCAGCGAGUCCAUGGUGCGGCCAAGGUGAGGGAUGAUUGGGAUUCUUAUCAUGCUAUGCGCCCCAUCACGCAGCAAAUGUACAAACAAGCAAAGCGUAGAUGCCUCGAACUGAAAGGUACCGGGCGACCUCCUAGACGCGGCCACAAUGCUACCAAAGAAACGAACAUCAUCCCUGAUAUUAAUCGGAGGGCUGUGAUCUGAUGGGAAAACGGAGUGCCUGUCGGGGCCUUUGCCAAUGCUUUCAACAAUUUCCUUGCCACUUUAGCCAGGAGACACGAUUUCUUCAACAUUUUUUUGACGUGGAAAUCACAACGGAUUGAUGCGCUGGUGGCUUGUUGGAGAUAUAUAUGUCGAUUUUUCUUUCUUGACGAUAAUAUUUGUGCCUGGACGUACUGCUUCGGGCAAAUCAAUGUAUCGUUCAAGAGAUGGCGGUUUAAGAUAAAGAAAAAAUAUUUUAUCCAAAUAAAAUAAGAUUGGGAGCGAUUCUGGCAUCUUGACGAGCGUGUGGAUGGAGUAGAUUUUUUUGCACUUUGCAGUUACUGGGACACGGCUGAA